CAGCGCGCUGAUUGGUGGCCGCUCCCGGAAGCGGGGUGCUGGCGCGGAGGAGGUCGGGGGUGGCGGUCGCCAUGGCCACGGCAACAGACCAGGUGGUUGGAUUCGGCUUGGUUGCCUUCAGCCUCGCUCUCUUUGUUUACUACACCCUCUGGAUCAUCAUUCUGCCCUUCAUUGACAGUGACCAUGUCAUCCACCAGUACUUCCUGCCCAGGGAGUAUGCUGUGAUCAUCCCCGUGGUGGCUGGGCUGCUGCUGCUGCUAUUUAUAGGUGUUUUCAUAAUGGUUGUGAUGUGGAAGAGCAGAAAGACUGCCAAAAAAUUGGACUGAAGGCCCAGCUGAGAGAGAUGAGGAGAAGGUGCCCACCCUGGGGUGUCACAGCCAGGAAAAGACUUUGCUGGCAGCACCAGGCAUCACCUCCUUCAGAGCACUCAGCACCCAGCUGCCUGUGCCCUCCCACUCUCCUGCCUGUAGUUUACAACUUACUGACCAAAGGGAAG